CCUUUUGGCCUCUUAUGGCGGAAAAGUUAAUCCAACUGCUUCAGAUUUGGAAAAGAUAUUGAGCUCUGUUGGUAUUGAAUGCGACCUAGCUAUGGUCAAAAAAGUUAUUGACGAGCUAAAUGGAAUGUCCAUUGAUGAAGUAAUUGCACAAGGACAGGGUAAACUUGCUAGUGUACCUUCUGGUGGUGCUGUUGCUGUUCCCACAGCUGCCUCCGGUGGUGCUGCAGCCCCAGCUGCUGAAGAAAAGAAAGAAGAGAAAAAGAAGGAAGAACCUGCAGAAUCAGAGUCUGAUGAUGACAUGGGCGCUUUGGUCUCUUCGACUAAGCUUAAGAACAAUUAUGUUUUCAAGUUUUAA